AUGGUGGGCGGUUGGUGGGAGAGACUAAUUCGCAUAGUGAAAAAUCUACUUGUUCGAGUUCUUGGUAAGUCGUCGGUUACGUAUGAGGAACUGCUCACAGUUCUUUGCGACGCAGAAGCCACCGUUAACAACCGCCCGUUAACAUACAUCUCCAACGAUGCAGAUGAGUUGAGGCCUCUAACACCAUCCAACUUUCUCCAAGAUGUAAAAGAGAUUGGAACGGCUGAUCUUGAUCAUUUGGAUAGGAACAAACUGGUAAAGAGAGAACGUUAUUGCCAAGAACUGCGUGAACAAUUCAGGCGACGAUUCCGGAAAGAAUACUUAGGUCAGUUGGUGCAAAAAGCUGGCACAUCUGACAAAAUUUUCAAAGUUGGAGAAGUGGUCCUUGUUGGUUCUGAAAACCAAAAGAGACUUAAUUGGCCACUUGCAGUGAUUGAAGAACUGUAUCCAGGGAGAGACGGCCAUGUGAGAGUCGUCAAAGUAAAAACUCCACUUGGUCAUCUCGUUCGUCCAGUCCAAAAAAUUUACCCUCUAGAAGUUAAUUCUUCUGGGGAUCCCAUUAUACCAGAUCAACAUACUACUAAUGACCUACCAGCAACAUCACAGAAUGACAUUCCAAUUCAGAAGGAUGUUUCAGCAGCUCCUCGGACGUCAAGAAGCGGCAGAGUAAUCAAGAUACCUAAGAGACUGGGCUAUUGAACUUUCGAACUUUGUUGAUUUACCUCGAAGGUGGCAAAUCAAGGUGGGAGGAUGUUACGUAAUGCCGUCAAUAAACUUCGGAAGAUAUCCACGAGACAGUUUUAUGAAUAACUUUAUUGAAUGAACACGAGACUUUUAAUGUAUUAAUGUUUUAAUGACGCGAGUUUUAUGUAUCCUUUUUUUGUGGAUGGCAUCAGUUUUCGGCGUUGCCAUG